AUGGCUCUCUCUGUUCUGGCAUCUGCCAAGUCGGCCUCAGGCGUUGACCGUCGAGCUCGUAGCCGAAGCCCCCGCCCCAAGUCGCCCAAGCUGGGCAACUUUGCACGCCUUUUCCAGACCAUUCCCAAGUUCGACAGCGAUGAGUCCGACAGCGACAAGAUCAACUCGCCUGUCCACCUGUCCCUCUUCCCGGUCAGCGGUUAUCCCGCCGUCUCCGGCCCCACAUCACUCCCCCUUCUGGGUAAGGGUCUCAUCAGCAUCACCAACGACUUGGCUCGCCUUGAGAUUCUAGGACUCAAAGACACAAUUGAAAGCGCCACUACCGACGACGACAGCCCUGCCAGAGACAGCUCCCUGUCUGCUGACAUCGUCGGUGCCAGCCGCGACACCACUCCAACCUCUGCGAGCCCAGUCACCCCGAUUGAGGCCAUACUGAGCCCAAAGCCAAACAUCAAGUCCCUGCUAAUCGGUUCCACUCCCGAGUACUUCUCAGCGGACGACUCCGCGGAUCCUUUCUGCGAGCAGACUCACGCAGUCCACGCGCAGGAGAAGCACGCUGAGUUCCAAAAAUUCGUCUUCCCAGCUGUCACCCCACUCAAGGUUCUCAACCCCAAUGACAACCACCUUGGCAAGCUUCAGCGCAAUGAGCGCAUUGCCAUCGCGCAGCUCGCCGCCAAGCCACUCACCUCCCCCAUUGCUGAGCCGCUUGUCGUUCCCUGGGACAUCAACGGCGACUUCCUCCCUGGUCACUACCAGCCCACUGUCGACUCUCCAUGGGCCCCCCAGAAGCCCGGUUACAUCCAUUUGAAAACUGUUUCCAGGAACUCCAUCGACCCCCUGUACCGCGUCAACAAGGCCACGCAGCUGAACAUCUUGAAGGCCAAGCUUGACGAGCGCUUUGCCGAGGACAGCGUUAUGCGAUCUCACCCUCAAAUCCCACAGUCCCGAGAGCCCAUUCAUGUCUUUGUCGAUCUGUCCAACAUCGUCAUAGGCUACUACGACUGCAUGAAGGCGAAGCGAGGCGUCUCGAACAACUACAGAGUUCAAGCUCCUCCCUUCUUUUUUGAGGCCUUUGCUCUACUGCUUGAGCGAUACCGUCCCUGCGCCAAGCGUGCGGUCGUGGGCUCACUCAAGCCGGCCAGCCAGCACCCAGACUACAUGAAGGAAGCCGAGCUUUGUGGCUACGACAUGAACAUUUUGCAGCGGGUCACCGGCCCCAAACCAAAAACAUCGAACCCCCACAUCACCAAGAUGCCUAUGCCUGCGUCUGGAGCACUCGAUGAGGACUCUGACGACUACGGCCCUUGGUGCCCUCCCAUGCAGGUUGCCAUGAAGCACCGCGAGCAGGGAGUGGACGAGAUUCUUCACCUGAAGAUGGUCCAGAGCAUCCUCGACGCCCCAAAGCCUGGAACAAUGGUUUUGGCGACGGGCGAUGCUGCCGAGGCCGAGUUCUCGGACGGAUUCCUCAGCAAUGUUGAGCGAGCCUUGGAGCGCGGCUGGAAUGUCGAGCUCGUCGGCUGGAGACGCAACAUUUCUGGCGCUUGGCGCAACAAGGCCUUCCAGGCCAAAUGGGCCGUCGGCCAGUUCCGUCUCAUCGAACUCGAUGGACUCGCCGAGGAGCUGCUCGGUUUCUGGCUGCGCUCUGGCCAGCGAGGAUCCCUCUAA